CUUCUAGAAGUCUCUAUUUUCCCCCAAAAUUUCAUGACUAUUCUCCCCUUCCAUGCCCGAUGCCCCGCAUCGCCGGACAAAGAGCUCCCCGGUGGCACGCUGCCGCACCACGGCACUAGCGCGGGCACCUUAGCGGCAUCCACAAAUCUGCAAGCCCGCCCGUCGCCCGCCGUCAUGUUCGGCGUCGUCUUCCCGGACCACACUUUCCCCCUCGACGCCACCGCCUUCGCGCAGGUGGCGCCCAACUCCUGGCUCCUCGACCUCUCCACGCUCGCGCUCGCCGCCGCGCCGCGUUCCGCGGUCGUAUUCCUGCUCCCGGCUGCCGCGGCCGCGCUGCCGCCCGGCAAGGCCGUCGCCGUCUACUUCCAGGCCGCCGCCAAUCGCCCCUUCGCGUUCCUGGGGGCGCUCGGCGCAGCGCGUCCCUCGGCCAGCUUCUCGCUCCCGGAGGCCGGCGACGAGCCGGAGCCUGCUGUAGGCCCCGCUAAGCUGGGCGUCGCAGUAGAGGAUGCGGCCGCGCUGCCGCCGCCCCCCGACGAGCAGCGCGCCGAGCGCGUCGCGCUCCGCGUCGGCGAGAACUUGUUCAACUUCAUGCAGUCGUUCUGCGGCGCCGACGGCGGCAAGCUGGUCGUGCCCACGGACAUCCUGGACCGGUGGUUUCGCAAGUUCCAGGAGCGGGCCAAGAAGGAUCCCAUGUACCUCAAAAGCUUCGACUUUUGAGAGCAAGAUACCAUGUGCAUGUGGGAAGAACAUACUGCAUAGCAUAUAUCCCCCUUUUCUCCUUCAUUGAUUAUGAAACUAUUUGUUUUAGUAUUGCUUAUCACUUUGUUGCAUGCUAUUUUGCAGAUACUAUGUGCAUGUGGGAAGAACGUAUUGGAUAGCAGAGUUUUAUUCCUUAUAUAGGCCCUCCUAUAUGUUUGUACACAAGGUUAGGCUGUAUUUUAGGGGCUACACUGAAUCAAGGUGCCUAUGCAGCUUCUCUCUUCUAGUAGAGAAGGGCCACGACACCAAAAGCAACUAAUAGAUUGGAUGGUGGUGCUACAAGUGCUUACACCUUAACGAGAAGUCUUGCUUGCAACUUGUACAAAACACUUCUAAAUGAUUCUGCUUGGAAUGUCAGAGUAAUUUGGAUAAUUUCUGGGAAACCCAAGGCCAAUGCAGAUGAGAUAAACCAUCUUUCCAUCGUU